AUGGACAAGACGAAAAGUAUGGACUUUGGCAUGGAAUUUGGGAGUGGUAGUGGUGGAAAUCGUUCUAAAAUUCCACCCGCCCACCUUGCGGACGGCGAAAAGUCCGAUAGUCGUAGCCGCCGACAGGUUUCCCUUGAUCUCGACGUUGCAUCACCAUAUCUUCUUCCGGCAGGCCUCCAUUCACACGAUACUCUACAGACGAUGGGUGCAAGCAACGAUGACAGAUAUGGGCGUCCCAUGACAGCUGGUAGGGAUUCGUCGAUCUACGCACAUUCCAUACGCCAAGACGACAGUCCUGAUGGUUCUCGGACAAGUAUGAAUGGAGGGCUGCUCAGUGGAGCUUCGCCAAUGCCAAUGUCCACGCCUCCACACCCACGUAAACCUUCUAUGCCCAAUCCUUCCCGCGGUGUCCCACAGAUUACCGUCCCGUCUCCUGCUGCCAUGAAAUCUCCUGUUUCCGGGCUACCUUUAAGCCCUCGUGCUGGACUCAGUAAUCGUGAAAGCGAAGAACAAAAGACUUCAGCUAAAGAGAUCGAGGUGCAGCAACCGGCCCCUCAACAACCAACUAAGGCACUUCCUCCUGCGCUCGCAAUUGGCUCCUCCCAACAGUCCCCCCAAAUUGACAUUCAAUUCGAUUUAACGGAGUCUUCAAGACCGCUUUCAAACGAUCAAAGUGAAUAUGGCGAAGGGCCUCAAUUUCGCCUGUCUAUGGCCUCAGAACGAAGUGAAAUGGAGGAUCCGAUUCCUCAAGCGGCUGGUCGAAAGAGCUUGGCCCCAGGAGCGUUUGAGGACCGCAGGCUUUCGAUUGGGUUCCGUCCCCUACCUCCAGAAGGAACAGCUGAUGAGAACGCAGAGGAACGGGCAAUGCGAAUUAGGUCGUUUUACAAGGAAUACUUCGAGGAUACGUCUCCUGCUCCCCCCAUGCCUACGCAACCCAGACACAACAGACAAGAUGAACAUCAAGGGGAAUACCACGACGAUAGUGUUGCAGUCUAUGACCAAGAGACUGGUAGAUUUGUAAUACCCGGAGCAAGACCAUUCGCAGAAGCCCCAACCAGACGUGCAAUGACUCCUCCUCCUCGCAUGCCACCAAGAUUUGGUGGACCCCCACCAAGGAACGGGUCUGCAGCCAGCGGUCACUUUAUGCCGCCUGGUCCACGGUCCUUCUCCUCUGCGAGUGGACGGGCGGGCCCCGGAGGACCCCCUCCUCAACGAAAGCCAAUGCCCCCACCUGCACCGCUUUAUCUUCUACCCACGCCUUCAAUGCUAAAGGAGGAUGCCUUCGCUUCACCGGUUAUAUUUGCCCCCUCAUCAAGAAUUCCAGGAGAUGGUACAGAAUCCCCUGGACUUCGUGGGGGGCUUCGCCCAUAUUCACCCAGUGUAUCUCCACACGUACCGCUUGCAUCUGCUUUCGAUGAGCUCUCCCUUCUUCCCAACCCUCAUAGUCUGAGAAAUUCUUCUACGUUCACUGGACUUGAUUUCGCUCCUCCACGCAAGUUUAAGAACGAUGAUGCAGUAAGCGACGCAGGGAGCAUUAGGAGCAAUAACAGCGGCGUAACAGCCCAGCAAAUCCAAAAUAUCAGGAACGGCGCGUAUCGCGUGUCACGCAUUCCCCAGGACGUCGUUCCUGCCAAAGAGGCGAUUUCGUCCAACCUCAAGCCUACCUGGGAUAUGCGCAAGUAA